AGAACGGAAUACGAAGAAGUUUACUUCACUAACUCUGAAGGCUGCAUUCUGUGCCUUGUCUUUGGGGCUGGAGUACAUCGCAGGUCCAAACUUUUAGCGCAAGUUUCACCGUAGAGAAUAUAGAACAAUGGCCAACAAAGGCACCGUGAAGCCCCACGGCAGUUUCAAUGUCAACGCCGAUGCAGAGGCCCUCUACAAGGCAAUGAAAGGACUGGGAACGGAUGAAGACGCCAUCCUUCAGCUGCUGACUGCCCGCAGUAACGCUCAGAGGCAGCAGAUUAAGGCCGCUUACAAGACCCUGCAUGGAAAGGACCUGGUGGAUGAUUUAAAAUCUGAGCUUGGAGGAAAGUUUGAAACGCUUAUUGUUGGUCUUAUGACUCCUCCCACUGAAUAUGAUGUAACUGAAUUAAGGAACGCAAUAAAGGGAGCAGGCACAGAUGAGAAGGUGCUGAUCGAGAUCUUAGCCUCCAGGACGCCCCAGCAGGUCAGAGAGAUCAUCGCCACCUACAAGAAAGAGUAUGAUGACGACCUUGAGGAGGAUGUCACCGGAGACACUUCUGGACACUUCAAGAGGAUGAUGGUAGUGCUCCUGCAGGCCAGCAGGCAGCAGGGAGUCGAUGAAGGCAAAAUUGACAGUGACGCUCAGGAGCUGUUUGCUGCUGGGGAGCAGAAGUACGGCACGGAUGAGGAUAAGUUCAUCACCAUCCUUGGCAACCGGAGCGCCACCCACCUGAAGAAAGUUUUUGAAGAGUACAUGAAACUGUCUGGAUAUGAAAUUGAGGAGAGUAUUCAGAGAGAAACUUCUGGAAGUCUGAGGGAUCUACUCCUGGCUGUGGUGAAAUGUGCGAGAAGUGUCCCAGCCUACUUUGCAGAAAGCCUGUACUAUGCCAUGAAGGGCGGUGGCACUGAUGACAGCACCCUGAUCCGCAUCAUGGUGUCCAGGAGUGAGGUGGACAUGCUGGACAUCAGGGCUCAUUUCAGGAGGAUGUUCGCCACCUCUCUGCACAACAUGAUUAAGAAUGACACGUCUGGGGACUACAGGAAGACCCUCCUCCUCCUCUGUGGGGGCGAUGACGCUUAACGGCUUCACGUGACGGAGCGCAGCCUGGCACCCGGCCCUUAACGAGCAUACCCUUAUUAUCCACGCAUGUUCCUGCUCUGAGUGCUCCGCCACAGUUCUCCAUGACUCCGGUGUAUUCAGCAACGUAAUAUUUAUUCUGCAUCAUCCGUUGACUAAUAUGUUUUUACACUCUAUAUGUCUGUAUGUCAUUAGCUGUUAACAGUACAUGAGCGCAUUAGUAUUUUCGUUUUGUGUCAGCUUUAUGCGUGUCCCAAAUGGUUUCUGUCAGACUGAACAAAACCUUUGCAUAAAUUCUGCAAAGACUGACUCCACCUCGUCAAACACAGUGUAUUUGCUUUACAUUGACCUGCCCAUAAACUCUGUCACUGUGUGCCUGCCCAUACUGAUUAAUGGAGGACCAUGGCAACCAUGCGAAGAAUCGACAGGUAACUUGGUGCUUUGUAAUUUCAAACGUAGGUCGAAAGCUGCAACAAUAAAAUUGUU